GUGUGGGUGGGCCCACUCCUCACGCAGCUGGGUAGGGGUGGGGAAAUGGAACGAGGGGCUGGGGACGGGACGGGGACGGGGUGGGCUGUGAUGUCUCAAACUGAGUGACCUCAUAAAGGCCGCUGGAAACAAGGUUCCGGUGGAUUGAGGGGCAGAGCCAAGGCCAGGGCUGGAGGACGCCCGGGGACCAUGGAGGGCAGCCGAAGGCAGAAGACCAAGAGAUCCCCUACACUGGCACAGGGAACGUACAGGUCCCCACAGCAGCCUCGAAGACUGCCCACACAGGACCCAGGAGGGGAGCAGGGCUGCAGGACACAGAAGGGGAGGCCUCAGCAGCCCGCUCCCCCGCUGAGCCCAAGGGAGCCAGUAUCCAUCAAAGGCGUAGGGGCCGGGCAGUCCUCCCAAAGGCCCAGGCAGUUCAAGCGCCUUGCAGCUGCCAGCUUGGUGCGGUCAGGCUCUGGGUCUCAGCGCUCUGCAGAGGAGAGCCUGCUGCCCCUGACAGCCCGGCUGCUGGCAGCGUUCCAGGAGAUCUUCAAACUGUUCAGCUCCGGCCCGACAGGCUCUGUGGACAUGCGCAGCAUGAAAGCCACCCUGCGCAAUGUGGGCAUCCAGCUGAGCCCACAGGAGAUGUGCAAGGCCCUGCAGCAGGCAGACUUGGAUGGUGAUGGAACCGUAAGCUUCAAAGACUUCCUGGGUGUCCUCACUGACAGCUACCGCCUGGCUCAGUGCUUGGGCCAGGUGAGGAACAGCCAGUUCUGGGACCCCCAGGGCCUGCAAACCCUGUUCUUAGAGAUGCUGUUCAAGCUGAUGAACCAGGGCUUCCUGCCUCACAGGGUGGUGCAGGAAGUGAUGAGCUACUACACCAAGAAGCAGCGGGCUCUGCAGCUGAACCCCGGCUGGAAGGGCUGGUCCCGAGGGCGCAGCAGCGCUGGGCGCCCUCACAUGGGCCUCACCUUCUUCUGCCAGGCCGCGCGUCUCAGUGGCCUCUCCAGCACAGAGCUGGAGCGCUCCCUGCACAGACUGCACAAAGCGGGUGUGCACAGCCCCUACUCUCAGAUACCUAACUUGGCCAUGUGGACACCCCCGGAAGACGGGAUGUGGCACCGAGCCCCACGCCCCAAAGUCCGACUUCCCAAGUCCUGCCACUCCAGCCGCCACAAGCUCGUGCCCACCCAGAGGUCGCUCAGCCCAGAGUUCAUGGGCCAGCCACUAGACUAUCUGCGACCCUCGAAGAUGACUCCCUCCCCCCCAACUCUAGUGCAGAAGCAGCCCUAUUCCCCUUCGCCAGCCUGUUUGCAGAAACCUGCUAUGAAAAAGAAGCAUUUGCGGAGCAGAACAGCCUGGUGUGGUGGGGCGGGCACAGAGCGGACGCAGAUCUUUUGCAAACAUCUUUAUUAA